CUCAAGAUGCUGGCGUAUUUAAUGCAGAAAUUGCCCCACUGACACUCAAAAGCAAGAAAGGAUCAGAAACCUUCAGUGUGGAUGAACAUCCACGUCCUCAAACAAACCCUGCAGGACUGGCCAAACUGCCCCCAGUAUUUAAAAAGGACGGCGUGGUAACGGCAGGAAAUGCUUCGGGUGUUUGUGAUGGUGCAGCUGCUGUGAUCGUAGCCAGUGAGGAAGCAGUGAGAAAAUACAACCUUACCCCACUCGCCAGACUUGUUGCUUAUGGAAUUUCAGGUUGUGACCCCAAGAUCAUGGGAAUAGGCCCUGCACCAGCAUCCCGUGCAGCUCUUAAGGCUGCGGGCAAAAAUGUUGAGGACAUGGAAAUUGUGGAGGUGAAUGAAGCAUUUGCACCCCAGUACCUCUCCGUACAGAAGGAACUAGGUCUGAACCCUGAGCUGUCAAACAUGAACGGUGGAGCUAUUGCCUUGGGCCACCCCCUUGCAGCAUCAGGAACCAGGAUCACAGGCCAUAUUGCUCAUGAACUUCACCGCCAAGGUAAAAAAAUGGGACUGGGAUCUGCUUGUAUAGGAGGUGGCCAGGGUAUUACUGUUAUCCUGGAGAAAGCGUAAGGUGGUAAUGGUGGCUAGGAGAUCUCUGUCACAGAGGAUCAACAUCCUGGAGAAGGUGUAAGGUGGUGAUGUUAAUCUCUGUCACAGAGGAUCAACAUCCUGGAGAAGGUGUAAGGUGGUGAUGUUAAUCUCUGUCACAGAGGAUCAACAUCCUUAAGAAGGUGUAAGGUGGUGAUGUUAAUCUCUGUCACAGAGGAUCAACAUCCUUAAGAAGGUGUAAGGUAGUGAUGUUAAUCUCUGUCACAGAGGAUCAACAUCCUGGAGGAGGUGUAAGGUGGUGAUGUUAAUCUCUGUCACAGAGGAUCAACAUCCUGGAGAAGGUGUAAGGUGGUGAUGUUAAUCUCUGUCACAGAGGAUCAACAUCCUUAAGAAGGUGUAAGGUAGUGAUGUUAAUCUCUGUCACAGAGGAUCAACAUCCUGGAGAAGGUAUAAGGUGGUGAUGUUAAUCUCUGUCGCAGAGGAUCAACAUCCUGGAGAAGGUGUAAGGUGGUGAUGUUAAUCUCUGUCACAGAGGAUCAACAUCCUUAAGAAGGUGUAAGGUGGUGAUGUUAAUCUCUGUCACAGAGGAUCAACAUCCUUAAGAAGGUGUAAGGUGGUGAUGUUGAUCUCUGUCACAGAGGAUCAACAUCCUGGAGAAGGUGUAAGGUGGUAAUGUUGAUCUCUGUCACAGAGGAUCAACAUCCUGGAGAAGGUGUAAGGUGAUGAUGUUAAUCUCUGUCACAGAGGAUCAACAUCCUUAAGAAGGUGUAAGGUGGUGAUGUUAAUCUCUGUCACAGAGGAUCAACAUCCUGGAGAAGGUGUAAGGUGGUGAUGUUGAUCUCUGUCACAGAGGAUCAGCACUGAUAUCAAAAGGAUUUAAGGAUGCUGCUGGAGGACGCCAUUCUAUUCUAUAUAAUCUUGCUAGUAUUGUGUUUAAUUGUUGGAGGAGAAAAUAUACAGCAAGACCAUUUGGAAACUCACAAUUAUAGUUAUAUAUGUAUAAAUGGGAACUUUUCUUUACAAUAUUUGCUGUUGAAGAGUAUAUGAAGUGUAUUUACAAAAGCAAGUGCUGUUUAUGAUUUUUGGGCCAUUGGCCACCCAACUUUGUACUGGCUUGAAGGGGCCAUAGGCUGCUUGACUUUUUGCUGGCUUGAAGGGGCCGUAGACUGCCUGACUUCUUGCUGGCUUGAAGGGGCCGUAGACUGCCUGACUUCUUGCUGGCUUGAAGGGGCUGUAGACUGCCUGACUUUUUGCUGGCUUGGAGGGGCGGUAGACUGCCUGACUUUUUGCUGGCUUGAAGGAGCCGUAGACUACCUGACUUUUUGCUGGCUUGAAGGGGCUGUAGACUGCCUGACUUUUUGCUGGCUUGAAGGAGCCGUAGACUGCCUGACUUUUUGCUGGCUUGGAGGGGCGGUAGACUGCCUGAAUUUUUCAUGUUUGAAGGGGCCAUAGACUGGCUGACUUUUUGCUGGCUUGAAGGGGCCAUAGACUGGCUGACUUUUUGCUGGCUUGAAGGGGCCAUAGACUGCCUGACUUUUUGCUGGCUUGAAGGGGCCAUAGACUGCCUGACUUUUUGCUGGCUUGGAGGGGCCGUAGACUGCCUGACUUUUUGCUGGCUUGAAGGGGCCAUAGACUGCCUGACUUUUUGCUGGCUUGGAGGGGCCGUAGACUGCCUGACUUUUUGCUGGCUUGAAGAGGCCGUAGAACAAAGUGUUGGCUAGAGUGUGAGUGCUGAUUAAUUACUGACUCCAAUUUACAAGAGAGUGCUAAUAUUGAUGUGUUGUUGAUUGCUGUGUCACACCAGGUCAAAUUUUCUUAAUGGUUGUGUAUAAAAUCAUUACUUAAUGAAAAAUAAACAUCCAUUUGAUAAAUCUGAUGACUCACAAGAAUAAGCCUUUAAUAAUGUUUAAUUAUUUGAUUUGUUUAUUUGUACAUUUAUCAACACUAUUUGUAAAAAGAAAAGUAACAGGUACAUGACUUCAAACACUUGUCACAAAUCUUUACUGUACAGACAACACUAGUACUGGUUGUGGAAGGUAAUGCAUUGUAUGUUUUUACACUGUAGCUAGAUAUAAAGGUAGCUUUUGUGUAACUGGUUGAAAUGGUUCA